GUGCGUGUCAUCAUCACCACCAGCGAGUGAAGGGCAGCGCAAAGGAAUGGAGCUGUGAACCACGUCUGUAUCAGCGAGGGCCUGAUAAUGGCCGACCGAAGAUGCUAGCGAUACCAUGGGCAGCGUUACUCUGCGCUACUUUUGCUAUGGUUGCCUCUUCACCUCUGUGACCUGGUCAAUUCUUCUCUUCCUGUACUUCAACCACAGUCAGAACAGCCACGUGUCAUUCAAAAAUGUGCCCAUCCAGGGGCAGCACCGGUUCCAGCCUCGCAUCACCCGCAUUCCGGUGGCCCAGCACAGAGAUGAGGGUCAGGCCCGCAGAGGUCAUGCAGCGGAGGCCGCCAAACCAGACCUGUCUCCAGAGCUGGGAAUGAUUUUUAACAAGCAGGAUCAAGAGGUACGAGACAUGGGGUAUCACAAACACGCCUUCAACGUGCUCAUCAGUAACCGCAUCGGAUACCACAGAGACAUCCCCGACACCAGGAAUGACAAGUGCAGAGACAGGAGCUAUCCCAUGGCCUUGCCCUCGGCCAGCGUAGUCAUCUGUUUCUUCAAUGAGGCGUUCUCUGCCCUCCUGAGGACUGUUCACAGCGUGCUGGAUCGCACACCAAACUACCUGCUCCAUGAGAUCAUACUGGUGGAUGACCACAGUGAUUUGGAUGAUCUGAAGGAAGAUCUGGACGUUUACAUUCAGCAGCACCUGCAGAAAAUGGUGAAGCUGGUUCGUAAUGAGAAGAGGGAGGGGCUUAUCCGUGGUAGAAUGAUCGGAGCAUCUCACACUAAAGGUGAGGUGUUGGUGUUUUUGGACAGUCACUGUGAGGUGAAUGAGGAGUGGCUCCAGCCGCUGCUCACACCUAUCAAACAAAACAGAAAAACGGUGGUGUGUCCCGUCAUUGACAUCAUCAGUGCCGACACACUGGUCUACAGUCCCUCUCCCAUUGUGCGGGGGGGAUUCAACUGGGGCUUGCACUUUAAAUGGGACCCAGUGCCCAUGUCCGAACUCAACAGCCCAGACGGAGCUAUCAGAUCUCCCACUAUGGCGGGUGGACUGUUUGCCAUGGACAGGAACUACUUUUACGAGCUCGGUCAGUACGACCGUGGUAUGGACAUCUGGGGAGGAGAGAACUUGGAAAUCUCUUUUCGGAUCUGGAUGUGUGGUGGACAGUUGCUGAUAAUGCCGUGCUCCAGGGUCGGGCACAUCUUCCGUAAACGCCGGCCCUAUGGGUCACCUGGUGGUCAAGACACAAUGGCCCACAACUCCCUGCGUCUGGCCCAUGUCUGGAUGGAUGAGUAUAAGGAACAGUACUUUGCCUUGCGUCCUGAGCUGAGGAAUCGUGACUAUGGAGACAUCAGUGAGAGAUUAGCCAUUCGUAAACGGCAGCAGUGUCACUCCUUCAAAUGGUACCUGGACAACAUCUACCCUGAGAUGCAGGUGUCCUCUCCACAUAAGCCCCAGCAGCCUGUCUUCAUCAACAAGGGCUUGAAGAGACCCAAAGUCUUGCAACGGGGUCAACUGCGUAAUCUGCUGGCUGAUAAGUGUCUGGUGGCACAGGGCCGUCCCAGUCAGAAGGGUGGUGCUGUGGUGGUGAGAGACUGUGACCCACGGGACCCUGAGCAGGAGUGGGCCUAUGAUGAGGAGCACGAGUUGAUUCUAGCAGGUCUGUUGUGUUUGGACAUGUCUGAGAUUCGUUCCUCUGACCCGCCACGACUCAUGAAGUGUCACGGAUCAGGUGGAUCUCAGCAGUGGACACUGGGGAAAAAUAACUGGCUGUACCAGGUGUCAGUGGGUCAGUGUUUGGCAGUUGUCGACCCUCUCAGCAUCAAAGGAUAUGUUGCCAUGGCGAUCUGUGAUGACUCCCAGUCCCAGCAGUGGCUGUUAGAGAGUUGAGAAAGCUGUUAUUGAGAUGAACAGCUAAUGUAGAGCACCAUGCUGUGGCUAGGGAAAGAACUGCACUGCUGCAGUGUCAUCAGCUGAGAAUGGACAUGGAACCCACAAUGAUCCAGACCUGUUGGCUGUGCUAUGAGGAGGAAAGUUUGAACACUGCUACAAUGCAGUGCCAGCCUUGGUGUGAAACAUCAUGGUCCUGAAUUGUUUACUCAGAAACAUAUAUUUUUAGAGAGUAUUUUAAAAACAAAUUGUUUAUUCAAGUAUUUGGAAGUUUGAAUUUGAUUUUUGAAAUGUAAUCGAUUUGCACAGAUAAACUAUUUUAAUUGAAGUACAGUUAGAUGUGUAUUAAUGUAAUCAUAGUCUGAUAGAUUUUACCUUCAUUUAUUUAAUUUUAAUUACUUGUUUUGGCAUUAUACUUGUAUUUGUCCUUUCAAUCAAGUUAAAAUUAGUUUUCUAGCCACUCGUUUUGCUUUGAUCACUGGAUUUACCUUGAAGUUAUUCAAUUCUAAGAAUAUUGGGGCGUUCUCAGAGUGUUUGAUAGUGAUGAAUGCUGAUAUAAUGAAAAGACGAUUUAUUGAAAUAGCUGAAUUAAUCAGUAUUCAUCAGCUACUUUACCACAGUUAGUAUUAUAGUAAAUUACAAAAAAACGAAUUUUGACUUGUCUUGCCUUCUAAAUUAUUAUUAUAGCAGUGCCCUCAGCUCCUCAUACAGAAGCUAUUCUGCUCAUAUGUGAAAAGUUCUCAUUUGCAGAAAUUGACAUGCAGAGUUCUCCAAAUUAUUGUUUAGCCUAAAUGAUUUGAGCUGUUGAGGUUUGAGUAUUUUUCAGUAGUUAAUCAUUACUUUGAUUUUAGUAGCAAUUGUUUGUGUUUGAAUUACACUGUUUUACCCAGUGAACUGUCCCUUUAUAGAUAGAAACAAACUAUGUGACGUUUCAAUGUGAAUGUAAUUUUGAUUAAACUGCACUUCUUGUUAUUUUGUACAUGAUGAUACCAAAUAAGUGUUAUCAGCGGAAUAUGCAGUCAAUGAAAUG